AGAGAGAGAGAGAGAAAGAGAGAGAGAGAGAGAGAGAGAGAGAGAGAGAGGGAGAGAGAGUAUAUGAGCAAUAACAAAACACGAAUAUAUUACAAUAAUUAGCAGAGAAGGAGGAUAUCUCGGGAUGGGAAGAGCACCAUGCUGCGACAAGGCGAACGUGAAGAAAGGGCCUUGGUCUCCUGAGGAAGACGCCAAGCUCAAGGCCUAUAUCGAGAAGCAUGGCACCGGAGGCAACUGGAUUGCUUUGCCCCAGAAGAUUGGGCUAAAGAGAUGUGGGAAGAGCUGCAGGCUUAGAUGGCUAAACUAUCUGAGACCAAACAUCAAACAUGGAGGCUUCUCCGAGGAAGAAGACAACAUCAUUUGUAACCUCUAUGUCACUAUUGGCAGCCGGUGGUCUAUAAUAGCUGCUCAAUUGCCGGGAAGAACAGACAACGACAUAAAGAACUACUGGAACACGAGGCUGAAGAAGAAGCUUCUGAACAAACAGCGAAAGGAGUUGCAAGAAGCACGGCUGAAGCAGGAGAUGAUGAUGCUGAAGAGACAAAACCAAACCCAGAACAAUCUCGACAUGUUUGGGGAAAGCCUCAUGAAACAAGAACAAAACCUAUACUGGCCACAGCUUCCUCAAGCACCACCUGUUGUCAUGAACCAAGCGGAAUUACCGACAACCUACGACAGCUACUACGGCCAAUCAUCAUCAUCAUUAACUGAUCAAGAACAAACGCACUUAAACAUCAAGAACAUGGUCAAGAUUGAAGAGACAGACAGAAAGCCCCAGGAAGAGACAAACAUCUACAGUAGUCAAAACCCUUUUGAUUUCUCCUUCAAUCAUCAAGAUUACGGUACUGAAUUUGGAGGAAGAUUCGCUAUGAACUCGGUCAUGAGCAGCAGCACAAACUCUCCUUUGCCGAGCAGCCAAUACAUAAAUGAUCACCAGGAGCUCCAUCAAUGGUUUGGAAGUUUCCAGAUCGAUCCAGCCAUGAACGACUUGUUCAGGAGCAACGUUCAGAAUCUUGAAGGGCUUGAGGGCAACACAUUCUAUGGGAGCUCAGCCAUGGGAACAACAAGCAAUUCGGCUGACCAAAGUACAGUUAGCUGGGAAGACAUGAGUUCUCUUGUUUAUGACCAAAACAAAACUAAUUUGGGAGACGCAAGCUACUUCAACAACAAUGUGAUAAUACAAGGGUAGUGUAUAUGUUUUGUAUUUUUUAUUCUACAUAUCGAAGGCGGUCUAUUUUUGUAUAAAUUUGUAUCUCCUAGGGUGUUUGGACGAGUAUAUGGAUUGAAUAUUCAUGCUUAGAUAAUUUUUAUUUGUUUA